AUGACAGAACCUAAAAAAGAAGCUAUUGAGGCAAUGUCAGAAUGUGGUCUAAGACCAAUGGAGUCUUAUAGGUAUAUGUCAACAGAAACUGGCGGAGACGACUGUGUAGGUCAUACGAUGAUUGAUCAUCUAAACUACUGCUACAAGUUAAAAAUGAAGCAAAUUGAUGGCAAGGAUUCACAAACACUAGUGAACAAACUGUAUGACAUACAAUCAAUAGAUCUCGAGUUCUUUUUCAGAGUAAGACUCAAUGCUGAAGGAAAAGUUGAGUGCCUAUUUUGGAGGGAUUCUAUGAUGAGAGAAGAUUACAAAAUAUAUGGAGAUGUUCUAGUUUUUGAUACUACAUUCAGAACCAAUAAGUACAAUCUCAUAUGUGCUCCAUUUGUUGGUAUCAAUAACCAUUGGAAAAACACAAUGUUUGCUUGUGCUUUCAUUGGGGAUGAAACCACAGAAUCUUUCGUUUGGGUGUUUGAAACUUUUCUGAAGGCUAUGGGAGGAAAGCACCCUAUAUCAAUUUUCACUGAUCAAGAUGCAGCUAUUGCUGCUGGAAUAGAACAGGUUUUUCUUUCUUCAAGACACAGGUUAUGCUUGUGGCACUUGAGUAAAAAUGCAAACAGUAGGUUUGGUUUAUUGAAGUCUGAUAAAAACUUCAAAAACGCAUUCUACAAGUGUUUAAGUGGGUGUAUAACACCAAAUGAUUUUGAAGAAACUUGUAAAUCUAUGAUCAACACUUUUAAGCUGGAAAAAGAUGACUGGUUCAACAGAUUGUAUGGUCUUAAAGAAAAAUGGUGUACAGCUUUAAGUAAAGAUUUUUUUUCUGCCGGUAUACUUUCUUCACAAAGAAGUGAAAGUACAAACCAUGCUGCAGCAAAUGUAUACACGAUAACACUUUUCCGUGAUUUUGAAGAAGAGUUCAAGCUUUUUGUGGCAAGUAGUACAAUGUUCAAGGGAAGUGUUGGAAGAACAGUGUUUUUUGAAGUGUGGAUAGAAGGAAUAACAGGAUCAAUGCAAGAAGUUCAAUACAAAAUGGAAGAUUCAACCGUCACUUGCACAUGCAAAAACUUUGAAGAAUCUGGAUGGUUGUGCUUCCAUUGUUUGAGAAUAUUGCAUUUACAUUCAAUCAAUACAAUUCCAGAUCGUUACAUAACAACAAGAUGGACUAGAUAUGCAAAGAAACAAAUAUGGGAAAGGGUUGAUACAAUAAAAAGGGAGAAAGGUGAAAUCAACAAUUUUACUGGGCAUAAGAUAGCAAAGGCCAGAAAAUUUAUCGAGGAGAAGUUUAAAACGGAUAAUAAAGCAGUUGAUGAAAUCAUAAAAAAAGAAGAAGAAAUGAAGGCAAAAGAAGAAGCUGCAAAGAUAGCAGAACAAGAAAAGGCAAAAGCUGAAGCACAACGACAAACACAAGACGAAGAAUCAACUAAUUCUGAAAUAACAAUUGUGCUUGAUCCUGAUCGUGCUAAUACUAAAGGAAAGAUUUUGACAAUAUAG